AGAGCGGGAUUCUACUCCAUACCGGUGCAUUGGCUCCAGAGCAGCUUGUUUUCUCUCUGGUGUCUGCAGAUACAGACAGGCAGCUGCGUCACAGCCAGUGAGAACUUGGCGAGUCGCCAUGGUGAUUAGUGGGAAGGCCUGGGCGUUACUCUCCUGCGGAAGUGACGUUGAGCAGCGAGCAGCAUUUCGAACGAGUUAGAAAUGGCGGAUGGUGGACGGUCUUAUAUCGACCAUGAUGACAGGGCUGGUGCAGGCUAUUUCAUGAAGAAGCGGAAGGGACGUGGUCCCUUCCGGGCUAAAAUGUAUAGUGAAGGUCCUCAUAAAUAUCGUAACCGUGGAGGUUACCCACCUAAUCCUCGCUCCCGAUUGGACGAUGAAGAUGGAGAUGUCCCAAUGAGUGAUGCACAUGACUCUUUCCGUUUAAGAUUCACUCCUUAUGGUCGUGGAGGGAGGAGAAGGGAUGAGAGACAAGGAAGAGACAGAGGAAACUCUCAUGGGAAUGCACCCAGGGACAGUUCUCAUCAUGAUAGAACAGAUGCUAGAGAUGAAAAAAGUGGCUGGUUCAAAGUCACGAUUCCACAUGGGAAAAAGUAUACUGAGGAGUGGCUGGUGGGCCUCUUGCGAAACGCCUCCCCCAUACCAUUUGCUCCUGUAGGGUAUCAUUGCGAUCAUACUCGGGCCCAUUUCUACGUGGACGAUUCUGCAGUGGCGAAAGCUUUAAAACACAUUUCACGGACUAUUACUGACAGAGAGAACUUUAAGAUUACUAUUUUGACUCGUCCAUGCCCACCGCCAGUCGUUACAAAGGAUAUGACUGAUGAGGAAAUUGAACAUUUUAAGAAUUGCAUGCAGAAGAGAUAUGAUGGAGCUCAGCAGGCUAUGGACUUGAGCGCAUUGCUUACAGAUCCAGACCUGAUUGCAAACAACAUAUAUAUCAUUAUGAACAGGAAGUCUUGUAUGCAAAGUAUGCUACAAAUCAUUGAAGAAAAUGUACCAGAGUUGCUGUCCUUGGAUCUCAGUAACAACAAAAUCUAUAAAUUGGACUAUAUGUCAGAGAUUCACCUGAAAGCCCCUAAUCUGAAGAUGCUCAACUUGUCUGGUAACAUUUUAAAAUCUGAAACUGAGCUGGAUAAGAUAAAAGGUCUGAAGUUGGAAAUGCUAUGGCUGGAUGGGAACCCACUGUGCACCAGAAUCAAAGACCAGAGAACAUACAUCAGUGUCAUACGAGAACGUUUUCCUAAACUACUGCGACUGGAUGGAAAUGAACUUCCUCCACCAAUCACCUUUGAUGUAGAAACUCCUACAACACUUCCUCCGUGCAAGGGCAGUUACCUGUCUACCGACGAUAUCAAAGCACUGGUUUUGCGGUUUCUUCAACAAUAUUAUGCUUGCUAUGAUUGUGAAGAUCGCCAAGGCCUGCUUAACGUUUACCAUGAUGAAGCUGCCUGUUCCCUGAGCAUUCCAAAUCCUCCUGGGCAGAAUCCCUCCAGGAGUAGUCUUGGGGAGUAUUUCAGCAGCAGCAGAAAUGUAAAAAGGUUACGGGAUCCAACGCUCCGUUUUAAACUUAUCAAACACAAACGUCUGAACGUUGUUAGCUUCUUAAAUGGGCUUCCACGGACCCAGCAUGAUCUGAACUCAUUUGUGGUGGAUAUUAAUGCUCAGUCUAACACCUUACUGUGUUUUGUAGUCAAUGGAGUAUUUAAAGUGGAGGGACAAUCAAAUGAAACAGUACGUGCUUUCAGUCGGGUGUUUAUAGCUGUACCAGGAGUUGACGGAGGGCUCCUGUUGGUAAAUGAUGAACAGUUCAUAAGGAACGCCAGCACAGAAGAGAUUCGUAAAGCCUUUGCCACACCAGCUCCUACUCCUUCCAGCAGCCCUGUGCCCGUGUUGGCUCAAGUACCCCAGGAAAUGGUGCAGGCAUUCACUCUGUUUUCUGGCAUGAACGCAGAGUGGUCUCAGAAGUGUCUCCAAGACAAUGGUUGGGAUUUUGAGCAGUCGGCGCAGAUUUUUAUGAAACUAAAGACAGAGGGGAAAAUUCCAAGCGUUGCCUUCAUCAAGUGACUUUCCACCAUGUUUGUUGACUUUUUACAGCAAUGGAGUGCACACUAAAGACUGAUAUCUAUAGAUGCUGGGUCCUGCUUGUAGAGUUCCCAUUGCACUGGGCAUUUCAGUCCCAGUUGUAUCAUUAAACCACAUCUUACUGUUUAGAAUCAAAGCGGAAUGGUCUCUUUCCCCUGGAAAACCUAUGGAUUGUGCACCCUCUUCUUGCCGCCUUAUUUAUUUGUAACUUCACAAGACGAUGUAAGGAUAGUUUUGGAUUUUUGUUUGCAACAAUCUGCAACACAGGAAUCAUUCACAUUUACUCCCAUGUGGAGGCUUCAACACGGCUCUCCCCAGCUACCGAUCUUUCUGCUCUGCUAAAUAUUUCUUCCGUAAGAAAAUACUCUUUUAUUGUCAAAUCAUCAAAGUAACAUUCAUUUCCCUGAGAAUGUCCAAGAUUGCUUUGGCAAAACAUUGGAAAUGGGCUACAAGAACCACUUUGUAUCGUGUAGGCUCAGAAUCUCUCACUAGUCAAAUAAACCAGUUGUGUGUUUGCCCCAAAAGCAUUGGGCUAUUCGGUUUUGUUUUUUUAAUUGGCCAGCAUCCCACAACAGUGAUUACCUAUGGCUUCAUUAUUUUGUAUUCAUAUCAGUACAUGGAAUUAUCAUUUGUUAAUUAAACAAAUUUAUAUGUGAAAAAA